AUGAACGUAUGUACGGAGAGCGAGACGCACGAGAAGGAGGCGCAAUUGAAGGCAUUAAAUGACCGAAGAAGGACAACACCGACAGCAGCUGCUUCAGGUACUACUUCUACUUCGACUACAGGACUAUUGCGUACAGCAGGUCGGAUGACCGCGGACAGUCCUGCUUCUGCCAAUGCGUUUGAGCAACAGAUAGAAGGAAAAAGGUGGUACGAGGUGCUGCCAGCAGUGCUGCAGAAAUUUAAGUCACACGACCGCGAGCAGAUUAAGCAGCUCAUGUUACCGCGGUGUACAUUGUGUGAAUGCGGGAAAGUCAAUCAAAAGGCAGUUAUUGAAUGCCAGCAGAAAGGCUGCUUUUUGUUGGACCGCCCGCUGUGUUUGGUAUGCUGGAAAUCGACCCAUUUGUCUUGUGACAAAGCACAAAACAAACACUGUAGCCGGUCUACAUCAAUGUGCCCGCAGUGCCAACUUGGUCGAAUCGAGUAUUGGUGUGCUGAGUGCGACUUGAAAUUUUGUGGGAACUGUUUUGAGCAGAUCCACAAUGUGGAUGCAACUAAAGAUCAUCGCAAAAUAGCCACUGAAGACGCACCUGGAACCUGCCUAUCAUCGUCCCAUUGGUCUGCGUAUUUCUAUGAAGCGAUUUGCCAUUCGGUCACUUCGCGCAAACAGAUGACAAAUGGGAAUACUGGCGAUAGCAGUAUUGGUGGGAAGCGGAAACGCGAGAUUGAAGUAAUUGUUAUCGAUAACGAUGACGAUGCCGAAGAAGAUGAGCCGGUGAUCAUUUCACCUCCCGGCAACCAGAGCGCUCAACAACAGGCUGAUACUUGCGGGUCGGCGGCAAUCCGACCAAAAACCAGCAGCACAGGAACAUGUGCUCUGUCACAGCAGAAUGCUUCAGCCAACACGGAUGACCAAGCCGCAUCCGCUCAUGCUACGAUGCUAGAGCCGUUUCCGUUCUUUGAAGCGCCUAUUCACACAUCGUCAUCACCUUAUGCACUACCGGUGCAUCCAUCGUACAGCACGCCGUCUAUCUCGAAAGGCGUCAACACUGUCACUCCUCAUGCGAAUGUAGGUUUGCAGUGGGGUAACAGUAAUUUUCCGUUCGGAAUGCCGCCACUGGUAGGAAAUGGACACGGCAGCCCAGUCUACACGACCAAUAUUAUGAGCCCUGGGGCAACGCUAAGCUCCGCACCUGCCAGUGUUGGCACACCGAUGUGGCCAACAACGUCUGGUAUCAGCACAGACUUGGCAAGCACAUUGAGUCUGAAUAAUCUCCACGCGCGCCGGGGUGCCGUAUCUGCGCAGAAUGUGCUCGUUGACUCGUUGGUGGAUCGUUAUCACGAAGUGAACCAGAAUGUGGCAAGCAUGGAGCUACAAGGUGAGCAGUUAACCAGGCAGAUAGCACUUGCAGCGCGCCAAGGACCAUACACCGCAAGACCCAUAAUGGAUUUGCUGAACAAGCUGCAGCCUGCACUAGAAGCUUCGAAGGGUUUGCGAGACAAGCUCCUUAUCGCGAUGAUAGUCCAGUCUGACGACAUCAUGGCUUCUGUUCGUUCUCUCCGCCUCUCAGAACUCGGUGAUGUUCCACAGGUCCCGUCGAUUAGCCACCGUAAAUGUCUGCAGUUGUCAAUUGAGAUUAACCGGCACAAGAAGAAACUCGUGGAGUCGAAUCAACAAAUCAGUGACAUGCUUGCCAAGUCGUACACGGUGACUUCCAGCAUGGAGAAUUCGCUCAUUCAAUCCGCCAGCGCCGAGAUUCAGGUGCAUGAGAGGAACAUCAUGAGGCUAAAGAAAGCUCGCAAUGUGGAGUUCGUGCGAAUUGUUCAAUUCAGUAACAACAUCCGUGAAGCGCUAAAGCAAACGUUUCAGCAGACGGUUGAAGCCCAGCGUCAUCAGCAGCAAUUACAGCAAUUCCAGCCGUUUUGA